AAGUGCAGGUAUGAUUAGAACUAUUACGUGCACUGGGGAUGAACGUCGUGCUGGUCCGGCGACCAUUUUUGCGAUCGGCGUUCCAGGUCAUCCUCGGCGAGGACGUUUCCCGUGGCGAAUCGUAGGAUUUCAUCGCCGAUAAUCGGGAUAAUUUCGCGAUUACGUGAACCCGGGAAGGAAACCACUCUCGUCGGGAUCGACGAGACGCGUAGUACGCGAGUUACGACAUGUCGUCGAUGAUACGCAGGAUCGCACCGUCGCGCGAAGAACGUUCGACGGGGCAGCGUUAAUUCGUCUCGUGUCUGAGAAAAAAAGAGUGACGUCCGUGAAUUCCUGGCAUUCGAGUGCAUGUAAUCGCGAAAACGGGGUUUGUUUUCGCGUGUCAUACUUUAUUAUGCGGGAGCUUGAUCGAGCCUAUACCGUCUCUUUCUGCCUCUCCUUCUCUCUCUUUCUCUCGGUGUCCCUCGCAAUAUAUUAAUUGAUAAUUGACGAAGGAAGAGAAGUUAUCGUUUCGCUCUCGGACUCUAAUCGGAACUGCAGAAUAUACGUAAUACACAAUGGCUGCAACCUUCGAUCAGUACGACAAAUCGAGCUGGUACUUUGGUGCUAUGUCACGGCAGGAUGCUUCCGACCUACUAAUGGGUGAGAAAGAAGGUGGUGUAUUUUUAGUACGAGAUAGCACUUCUAUACAUGGUGAUUUUGUACUAUGCGUAAGAGAGGACAGUAAAGUUAGCCACUAUAUCAUCAAUAAAAUUCAACAAGGAGAUCAAAUUCGAUAUCGGAUUGGAGAUCAGAUGUUUCCUGAUAUUCCUAGUCUUCUAGCGUUUUACAAACUGCAUUAUUUGGAUACCACACCAUUAAUUAGGCCUGCUCCGAAGAAAACACAGAGGGUAAUUGCAAAGUACGAUUUUGAUGGCAAUGAUUCUGAUGAUUUACCCUUUAGAAAAGGUGAUAUACUCACUGUAAUAUCAAAGGAUGAAGAACAAUGGUGGACAGCUAGAAAUAGCGUUGGCCAAACUGGUUCAAUACCAGUUCCAUAUGUUCAGAAAUAUGAUGAGGAUAAUCACAUGAUAAUAGAAAAUAAUUCGCGGCCUGAAAGCGGGGGCAGUUCCGGCUCGAACUCCAAUUCCGGACCUACAACACAGGUAUCUCAAGCAGAAAUAACGGGACAAGCGACUGUAACGCGAAGAUCGAACAUUCAGAGAACGUUACCGGCCUUUGCAAAAGUGAAACAGGCAAGGGUGCCGAACGCGUACGAUAAAACUGCAUUAAAAUUAGAAGUAGGUGAUAUGAUAAAAGUGACAAAGACUAAUAUCAAUGGACAGUGGGAGGGCGAGUUACACGGCAAAGUCGGACAUUUUCCAUUUACGCACGUGGAAUUUGUAGAUAACGAGACUGGUGAAGACAAUCAGGAGAUUUAACAAAAAUUCUCCGAGUGCGAUGCAUCACAUGUGUGACAAUGGAAAGAGAGAGAGAGAGAGACUCCUAUAUUAUCAAAAUUUAGAUUACUAAUAACAUCUAUUAUAUGUACCAUUGCAUAGAUGUGCUUAUAUACAUUCAAGUCUGAACAGUUACACUUACA